AUGGCCAACACAAUCGUCGUCGUUGGCGCUGGCGUUUCUGGCCUGACAUCGGCCUACCUUCUAUCCAAGAACAAGGGAAACAAGAUCACAGUCGUUGCUAAGCAUAUGCCCGGUGAUUACGACAUUGAAUAUGCCUCGCCUUUUGCUGGAGCCAAUGUUUGCCCAAUGGCUACACAAGAAAACAGCAGAUGGGAACGCCGAACAUGGGUAGAGUUCAAGAGACUCUGCGAGCAGGUCCCCGAGGCUGGUAUUCACUUUCAAAAGUGUCACAUUGCAAGAAGAAAGAAGGAUGUGGAAGAAGCAAAGAGCAGCACCUUCCCUGACGCCUUGUUUCAAGAAGAGCCAUGGUACAAGGAGUUGUUCGAGGACUUCCGAGAGCAGAACCCAAAUGAAGUCACCCGCGGAUACGACUCAGGCUGCGAGUUUACAUCUGUCUGCAUCAACACCGCUAUCUACCUUCCCUGGCUAGCAGGUCAAUGCCUCAAGAAUGGUGUUGUUCUCAAGCGAGCCAGCCUCACCGACAUCAGCCAGGCCAAGAAACUGAGCCACAUGGGCAACGUUCCCAACAUCAUCGUCAACGCCACGGGUCUAGGAUCCCUCAAGCUCGGUGGUGUCAAGGAUGAGACUAUGGCGCCUGCUCGUGGACAGAUCGUGGUGGUGCGAAACGAGAGCACACCCAUGCUUAUUACAUCCGGAGUUGAAGAUGGUGGCAGUGACGUGAUGUACCUGAUGCAGCGAGCAGCUGGAGGCGGUACGAUCCUGGGUGGAACCUACGAUGUUGGAAACUGGGAGUCCCAGCCAGAUCCCAACAUCGCUCAGCGCAUUAUGCAGCGCAUUGUUGAAGCCCGCCCAGAAGUUGCGGACGGUAAGGGUGUCAAGGGAUUGAGUAUUAUCCGACACGCUGUUGGGCUACGACCGUGGCGAAAGGGUGGUCUCCGACUUGAGGAAGAAAAGCUAGAUGAUGAGACAUGGAUUGUGCACAACUAUGGCCAUUCAGGUUGGGGAUAUCAAGGCUCGUAUGGCUGUGCCGAGGGUGUGGUUGAAUUGGUCGACAAGGUUGGUAAGGGUGCCAAGGCAAAGUUGUAG